AUGGCCUGCAGGUUUCCUGGGGCGGACUCUGUCGAUGAGCUAUGGAACGUCAUUGAAUCUGGCAAGUCGCUUUGUCAAGAGAUACCGGCCGAGAGGUUUUCGACAAAUGGUCUUCGGCGAACUCCUCAGGUUCAGAGAUUUUUUGCCAACCUUAUCAAUGACGUUGACGCCUUUGACCAUCGCUUCUUCCGAAAAACAAGUAGAGAGGCAUCUUCAAUGGAUCCACAACAACGCCUUCUGCUCGAGGUCGCCUACCAGGCUCUGGAGUCUGCAAACUACUUCAACGGUCCUAAGCCACCUAGCAAGGAUGUCGGCUGUUACAUCGGCGUGUGCGCAAACGAUUAUGCUGACAACGUCGCAUCGCACCCACCCAAUGCAUUUUCGACACUGGGAACACUCAGAGCGUUUUUGGCCGGAAGGAUCAGCAACUUCUUUGGUUGGACCGGCGAAUCAUCCACGAUCGACACUGCAUGCUCCUCAUCGGCUGUGGCUAUCAACAAAGCAUGCACCGACAUCAUUGCUGGGAAAUGCACAGCUGCUUUAGCUGGAGGCGUCAAUGUCUUUACAAGCCCCAACUUUUUCCAGAACCUCAAUGCUGGAAAGUUUCUUAGCACCACGGGUCAAUGCAAGUCAUUUGACGCAAAAGCUGACGGCUAUUGCAGAGGAGAGGGCGUUGGCCUCCUCUUGCUCAAGAAGUUAUCAGAGGCGCAAGCGUUGGGAGACAAGAUCUUGGCUGUGAUCCCUGGCUCUGCUGUCAGACAAAACAGCAACGAGACGUACAUUACUGUACCUCAUGGGCCCUCGCAAUCUGAUCUUUACGAAGAGGUGCUACGAUUCUCGCGCAUGACGCCCGACGACGUUACUUAUGUUGAAGCUCACGGAACUGGGACGCCUGUGGGUGACCCGAUUGAGUUUGAGAGUAUUCGACGAACGUUUGGUGGUUUGCGGCGCCAGACAAAACAGCUUUUACAUGUUGGUUCAAUCAAGGCAAACAUCGGGCACACGGAGAGUGCGUCUGGGGUUGCUGCUGUGAUCAAAGCGGUGUUGAUGAUUCAUCACAAACGGAUUCCCCCUCAAGCCAGCUUCACGGCACUGAACCCUCAGAUCACACUUUCGGAGUCGGACAGGAUCGCCAUCACCACAACUGGCAUUGAAUGGAAAUCUCCGGGGCCACUGACAAUUUGUGUUAACAACUAUGGAGCCUCGGGAAGUAACGCAGCACUUAUUGUUACAGAGCCGCCAUCGCCAUGUGUGGCCAUUGCUCGGACGACGAACAACAGCCGCCUUCCGAAGGAUACCCCGUUCCCAUUCAUCGUUACAGCCUCUAGCCAACAAUCCCUGUCUGCCAAUAUUGGUGUUCUGCGCAAACAAAUCCUGAAGCAAUUUGCGAUGUCGCCCAACCAACAGGAACAAGCCCGCUUGGCUGAUCUUUCCUUCAGCGUCGUAUCAGGGCAAAAUCCAUCGUUGCCUUUUGCAGCCACUUUCGACGCCGCCAGCAUGGAUCAACUCACCGAGCGUCUUGAUGAGUCCAGUACCUCGGGCAUUUGGAAUGUAAAUUUACCGAGUCAGUCUCGGCCUGUCGUCAUGGCAUUCGGUGGCCAGAAUUCGAAGUUCGUCGCCCUUGAUAAGGACACAUACGAAUCCUGUGCCCUUCUCCGGCACCAUCUUGAUUGCUGCCAGAGCGAGCUUAAGUCUCAGGGAUUUCCUGGAAUACUUCCCUACAUUUUCCAGUCCGAGCCAAUCGAAGACCCUGUCAUCUUGCAUUCUGCACUCUUCAGCAUGCAGUACUCUUGUGCGAAGGCUUGGAUUGAUUCCGGUCUCACAGUCGCCAAACUGGUAGGCCAUAGCUUUGGCGAGCUCACAGCCACUUGUGUUUCUGGCAUAUUGUCACUAUCCGACGGCCUCAAGCUUGUGGCAGGGCGUGCGCGACUGAUGAAGGAGAAAUGGGGUCCGGACCCUGGUUCCAUGCUACUUGUCGAGACUGAUCCGGUUUCUUUGGGUCGACUCUUGAAUUCAGACACAGUCACUGUCGAAGUGGCCUGCCACAAUGGCCCACGACUGACUGUCAUUUCCGGAUCGAAAUCGGAGGUGGAACAAGCUGAGCAGUUCAUCAAACUGGAUCCCACAGCUCAAAAUGCCAAGACAAAGAUUCUCGACGUCCCGUACGCCUUCCAUUCGCGCUUCACGGAGCCAAUUCUUCACGAUCUCGAAGUUCUUGCUGCGGGACUCGUUUUCCGGAAACCUUCCAUACCUGUCGAGACCUGUCUUGACCGGGAUACGGAAUGUUUACCCUGGCCUCAACGUGUCAGAGAACACACCCGAAGACCAGUAUUCUUCCAUCAAGCUAUCAUCAAGAUUCACGAGGAACUUGCUGGCUGUUGCUGGCUGGAAGCCGGGACGAACUCUGGCAUUACGACCAUGGCCCGCAGAGCGUUGGGAGAGGAAGCAUCUCAACACACAUUUUACGGGAUGAAUUUGCGGGAUAGGACAUCACUGCGAGACUCUUUGACUCAAGUUACCAUUGGUUUGUGGAAAGAGUCGCAAUCGGUCACUUUCUGGGACUUUCAUACUUGCCAGAGAGGGAUGUACUCCUAUGUACCGUUCCUACCACCGUAUCAGUUUGAGAAGACUCGCCACUGGCUUGAAUGGAGAGACACAGUCGGACCCUUGGAAUUCGACUCUUCAGCCAAACACAGCAGCACCACGCCCGCUCCGCGUCGCCUCCUUACUUUAACGCGGAAGACUGAAGCCAAUCUCGAAUUCAAUGUCGAUCCUCAGCAUGAAACGUGGAAGCGCCUUAUACAAGGGCAUGCAGUUGUGGGCCAGCCCCUAUGCCCAGCCCCAUUAUACAUGGAACUGGCGGCACAAGCUGCGCUUACGGCUUUGGGGCACGAAGAGACCAAAGGAUUCUCAGCAACAUGGAAGAAGAUUCAAAUCGACGAAGCCCUCGGCCUGGGGGAAGGAUGCCGUAUCGUACUUUCCCUCUCCAAGAUCGAACACUCGCAGUCUUGGAAGUUCUGCGUGAUGUCUUCAUCUCUGGCAGAUCCUCAACUGCGGCCAAGCAUGCAUGCAUCAGGAGAGGUUAGUCUUGUAUCCAAACAAGACGCCGAAGACGACUCCGAAUUUCUCCAAUACGAAACCGCACUUCGCCACACUGUCCGACAGCUUCCAGCCGCUGAUGUAACCGACACCGUAGCACUUAGGGGUCCGCUGGUUUACUCAGUGUUUUCCCGUGUCGUCACGUACGAUGAGAUGUACAAGGGUGUCUGGGACAUUUUCGCUAAAGGGGAUGAAGCGAUCAGUCGAGUCAAGCUGGCUUCCGAGUGCAACCUCGAAGGAUUUGACAAGAUGAUAACGGACCCGUUGGCUUUGGACAACUUUGUCCAGGUGUCUGGCAUCCAUGUGAACGCUUUGAGUGGACUGUGUUCUGAGAACGAGGUUUUCGUUUGCACGCGAAUCACUAAGGUGGAGAUCCAUCCAAGCUUUUCGCUGACUCCGUCGAGACAAUGGAAAGUUCUGUCCAUGUACCGCGAGUACGACCCGAGGAAUAUCGAUAACGACAUAUAUGUUUACGACGAAGCAACCGGAAAAAUUGUUGUUAUCAUUCACGGCGCGAGAUUCACUCGGAUGUUGAUAAAAUCUCUUGUUCGAGCGUUGUCUUCAAAAAACGCAGGGGGGAAAGUCGGCGGCGUCGUUGUCGAAGAUUUUCAAGAGAAGAAGAUGGAGGACUCUGUCCCCGCGAUAGACUUUCAAUCCCAAACAGCCGUGUCACGCGCAGACGACACCCCAUCAAAAGUUGUCAGCGACGAGGAUGUCUUUUGCCUCCUGGCAAGAGUUGCAGAGAUCGAUCUCGGCGCCAUCGCAAACGAUGCUUCGCUUGCUGACCUGGGCAUUGACUCCCUCUUGUCGAGUGAGGUGCUCAACGAAGUCAACGAAACCUUUUUGGUCGAUUUGAGUGCGGAGGAGUAUCAGAGUCUGCUCUCCGUAGGAGAUUUGGUUCAAUGCAUACGUGCUCGCAGCCCGUCGUCCAACGCCAUCAGGUUGAUGACCAGUCCGCCUACCCGAGGCGCUUCCCCCACAUUCAGUGAGGCCAACGACCCCGAAAGCACUGGUUCGUCAACGCCAACAUCUACUUCGAGUGAGUUCGCAGUCAUGAAGUUGGAGUCAAAAACACAAAGUUUCGACGAUGUGGGGGGUUCAGAAAGUCUGCGCAGGGCAUAUGAAGUGUUCAAAGACAUCAAGAAUGGGUCCGAUGACUAUGCGAAGACCUACGGUUCAAUCAGAUUUUGGGACGACGUGUAUCCCAUUCAAGCUUCUCUGGUUACGCAAUACGUGGUCGACGCUCUCCCGCAACUUGGAUGCGAUCUAUCAGUCUUCAAGGCUGGGGAUGAACUCCCAACCAUUCAAUAUCUCCCGAAGUACGCUCUUCUUGCAUCACAACUUUUCGAGAUUCUGGAAGACGCAAGACUGGUCCGUCGAAAGGGAAAUGUCUGGGUCCGCGCUGAUACGCCUGUCCCUAAGCAGUCUGUGGUUGAACGGCUGCAGGAAGCCGUGCAACGAUUCCCUCGACAUGCAUCCGAACACAAACUCCUCAACAUCACGGGGAGCUCUUUGGCGGACUGCAUGACUGGAGCAGCUGACCCUCUGACUCUGGUGUUCAGGAAUAAGGAGAAUGCCAAUAUCCUGGAAGAUGUGUACACCAAUGGCCCCUUCUAUCUAGCAGCCAGCAAACAGCUUUGCUCUUUUCUCGAGAAAGCAUUGAGUGCUCUGAAAAAAGGCAACGGACAACCAAUUCAUAUUCUCGAGAUUGGUGGUGGGACAGCAUCGACUACGAAACACGUCCUUCGGAUGUUGGGAGAUGCCGGAAUACCAUUCGUCUACGCUUUCACAGACGUUUCUGCGGGACUGGUCGCUGGGGCCAAGAGAAAAUUACCCGGCUUACUGAGUCAAUCAAUUGGACGGCUAGAGUUCCAGACUUUGAACGCCACAAAAAGUCCCCCUUCCGAUAUGACUGGAAAGUUUGACCUCGUCCUUUCAACCAACUGCAUCCACGCCACUGCUGAUUUAUCCGUUUCACUCACAAAUAUUCGACAAAUGUUAAAACCACACGGAAUUGUCACGCUUGUUGAGUUCACUAAAAACCUGUUCUGGUUUGAUCUUGUCUUCGGACUCAUGGAUGGCUGGUGGUCGAUGACGGAUGGAAGAAAGCACGUUCUUGCCGACGAGUUCUUUUGGAAGAGAAGCUUCGAGCAGGCCGGGUUUGGGCACGUCGAUUGGACCGGAGGCGAGCUGGCUGAGUCUAACAUGCUUCGCAUCAUCACGGGAUUCAAAACGCGCCCCGACGUUGGAGACAUCAUCCCGAAGAAACGUUUCGACAUCCAAACGGUGAUGUUCAAACAGACUGGACAGAAUCGCCUAUUUGCCGACGUAUAUCUUCCGCCUUCCGAUGAGUUGAUGUCACAAACAUGGUCAGUCGGCCUUCUCUUCCAUGGGGGCGGUCACAUCAGCCUCUCGCGCCAUGACAUCAAUACCAAGCAUGUCCAGCGUUUGCUUGACAACGGCAUCUUACCAGUUGCGGUUGACUACAGGCUGUGUCCUGAGAUGCCUCUUCCGGAGGGUGCCAUGGCUGACGCAUGCUCCGCUCUACAGUGGGCCCGUCAUGAGUUACCCUUCAUGAACUUGAACCGACCAGGUCUUCGCAUUGGUCCCAAGGUUGUUGGGAUUGGCUGGUCAAGUGGUGGUCACUUAGCCAUGACUCUGGCGUGGACAUCUUUGGAACAGAGGAUCGAGCCGCCCAAUGCGAUUCUUGCAUUCUACAGCCCUUCAAAAUUGGAAGAUGAGUCAUGGUUUCAACCAAACUUUCCUUCUGGCACCCAAAGCCUUGCCAAGCGGGGUUAUGAUUUGCUUGAAGCUGUUCAGAACUAUCCAAUCACCGAAAGCCGAGUGAUGAAAAAUGGAAGGCCAGUUGCGCCUGGUCAGCUCUUGCCUAUAUGGUUGGACGGACUACCCAGCAAAGGGCAGAUUCCGCAGUCAGCGUCUGCGAGCGACUAUGAGACGCUGCAAAGGCCGACUCGGGAGCGUAUCAUGGCCAUUAGUCCACACGCCCAGGUCAUUAACGGGACGUAUCGCACACCUACAUUCCUCGUUCACGGGACGGAAGACGACCUCGUUCCUGUCCAGCAAGCCAGAGACAUGAGUGAGUCCCUUGCAGCGCACGGGGUUGAGUCAGGGAUUGCGAUCAUUGAUGGCGCGUCGCAUUUGUUAGAUCUUGAUGAGGAUUCAAAUGGAAGUAUUGCGGCAGAGGUAGAAAAGGGAUUUGCGUUUUUACGCCAUGCAGUGGCAUAG